AUGGCCAGCGGCGUCGCGACAGUCAAGGAGGUUAUCUCCGGCGACACUUUGGUGCUCGUGGGGGCGCCCAAGGGGGGGCCCCCCCCGGAGAAGCGCGUGAGCCUGUGCUCCGUGGUGGCCCCGCGGGUGGCCGUGAAGACGCUGACGCACGAGAGCAGCGACGAGCCCUUCGGCUUUGCUGCUCGCGAGUUGCUGCGGCAGCAGCUAAUUGGGCAGCAAGUUCAGUUCAAAGUGGAGUUUGCUGCAGCAGGAAAGGAAUACGCAUGCGUUUUGCUGCAGGGCCAAAACGUGGCCUGCGAGCUCCUCAGGAGGGGGCUGGCCAGGCUCCGCGACAACAAGAACCCCCCCGUCGCUCACGACCUCCGCGAGCUGGAGGAGUGCGAGGCCGAGGCGAAGGCGAAGCAGCUGGGCCUCUUCAGCAGCAGCAGCAGCAGCAGCAACACUGUCCGCGAGAUCCACUGGGCCGUGGGGGACCCCGCCUUCGUUUCGGAGUUUGCUGCUAAGUACAAGGGGCAGCGGCUGCCGGCAAUUGUGGAAUAUGUUCGAGACGGAGGGUCCUUAAGAGUGGCCAUUCAAAUGAACAAAGGGGGGGCCCCCGGGGGGCCCCCCGGGGGGCCCCCCGGGGGGGCCCCCGAGGGGCCCCCCGUCUUCACUUACUGUGCCCUUUCCCUCUCCGGAAUUCAGUGCCCUGGCGCCAAGAGGGACGCAGAGGGCAACCUGGUCCUAGAGCCUUUCGCAGCGGAAGCUCGUUUUUUCGUGGAGAUCCGGCUGUUGAAUCGGGACGUGACAGUGCGCGUGGAAGGCAGCGACGACUACGGCAACUUGCUGGGCACUGUCUACCACCCCAACGGACUAAUUAGUUUACUUUUAUUGUCAAAUGGAUUUGCCCGCGUCAAUAAUGCCACUGCGCAGCUCACGGAGGAGCCCCAGAAGCUCCGCCAGGCCAUGAAGGAGGCGCAGGCCAACCGCCUCAGGCGCUGGAAGGACUACAAUCCCGCGGGGGGCAGCGACCCUUUGGAGAAGGUGUACGCGGCGACUGUGGAGGAAGUGCUCAGCGGUGACAGCGUGAUUUUGAAACUUCCUUCCGGGACUUCUCGUCGCGUUUACUUCGCCUCAAUUCGCUGUUUGAGGCCCGCCGGCCUCAACAAGACUCAGUCGAGAGAAGACGAGGCCAUUGCCUUGGAGGCCAAGGAGCUCGUGCGCAAGAAGACAAUUGGAAAAAUGGUCAAGGUGUUUUUGGAGUACGUGCGGGCGCCGCUGCCGACAGCCACGGGGGUUGCUGCGCCGCCGCCGAGCGACAGCAAAGGCAACAUGCAUUUUGUUUCUGUUUAUGUUGGGUCUUUGAAACUUUUGGGAAUUCCGGAAGAUUACGACGGCUCUGCGAAACUCAGCGAAGACAGAAAAGGCCAAAACGUCUCCGAGCUGCUGCUCCAGGCCGGCCUCGCCAGGACCGUCCCGCACAGGGCCGAAGACGAUCAAGCGGAGCGCUACGACGUGUACCAGCAGCUGGAGAAGGAGGCGCAGGCAGCAAAGCGCGGCCAAUUUGCUGCUGCAGCAGCAAUUAAAGUAGUUCGUUUGGUGGACUUAAUGGGCCCUGCAAAUGCCCAAAGAGCUGUGGCUCAUCUGCAGCAGCUGCAGCGCUACCCCCAGAUCGAAGCCAUUGUUGAAAACGUCUUCAAUGCUGCGAGAUUCAGACUCAGGAUUCCUUCACAAUCUCUGAUAAUAUCUUUUGCCCUUUCCGGGAUCCGCUGCCCGCAAACAGCCAGGGGGCCCCUCCCGGGGGGCCCCAAAGAAAGAGCUGCUGAGCCUUAUGGCCCGGAGGCCCUUCAGUUCAGCCGCAGCAGAGUGCUGCAGCGCGAGGUGUACAUACAGGUGGAGCAGUGCGACAGGGGGGGCAACUUCAUAGGCACGCUGCUGUACAGCAGCAGCCAGCAGCAGCAGCAGCAGCAGCAGCAGCAGCAGCAGCAGCAGAGGGUGAACCUCGCGGUGGAGCUGCUGGCAGCAGGGCUCGCGCAGACUGUGCCCUUCUCGCUGGCCCGCAGCGCAUGCAGAGAAGCUCUUGCUGCAGCAGAAGCAGCAGCAAAAGCAAACCGAAUUAACUUGUGGGGCCUCCCGGGGGCCCUCGAAGAAGAUAAUGAACCUGCUGAAACUUUCAUGGAAAAGAAUCUUAGCGGAGUUGUUGUUUCCCACAUCGACAAAUUCGACUCCUUCUACAUCCAGGAGGAAAGAAGCGACAAGUUGGACUCCAUAGCAGCAGAAAUCAGAGAAGCAACAGCAGCAGCAGCAACAGCAGACUCCACUUAUACUCUCGCGGGAAUGCCGCGAAAAGGCGAAAUCAUUUUGGGGCUGCAUGCGGCCGACGGCCAGGGUGGAGGGCCGGGAGGGCCCGCAGCUGAGCGUUUGCUACAUUGA